UUACCCUUCGCCAUUACCGUAGUACCCGCCAUCACCACAACGCCAGCUAUAAAAACCGAUACUCUGCUCCCAGUUUCAGCACGCUCUGCGGUGAAAACGUCCCCUUCAUAGAUACAUCCCACCGGUAAGCACCUUUUUGUUCCUUCUAGAGUCCAUCCACCUCUCUGUCUUAUUUCCGUUACAACACCCUUCUCUCUCUCUUUCUCUCUCAUAUAACAACUUCUCUACAUAAUGUCUGAGUCUGCACACACCUACACUUCCGAGGAGAUCGCCGUCCUCGAGGAAAAGUACUCUGCUCACAACUACCACCCUCUCCCCGUCUGCUUCGCCAAGGCUGAGGGUGCCAAGGUCUGGGACCCUGAAGGACGCGAGUACCUCGACUUCUUGUCUGCCUACUCUGCAGUCAACCAAGGCCAUUGCCACCCCAAGAUCAUCAAGGCCCUUUGUGACCAAGCCCAGAAGCUUACUUUGAGCUCCCGUGCCUUCUACAACAAUGUCUUCGGUCCCUUCGCCAAGUUCAUCACCGAGUACUUUGGCUACGAGAUGGUUCUCCCCAUGAACACCGGUGCUGAGGCCGUCGAGACCGCCUGCAAGCUUGCUCGUCUGUGGGGCUACCGCGCCAAGGGCAUUCCUCAAGGCGAUGCCAUGAUCUUGUCUUGUGCCAACAACUUCCACGGCCGUACGUUGGGUAUCAUUUCCAUGUCUACUGACCCUGAUGCUCGUGACUACUACGGCCCUUACUUGCCCGGUGUUGGCCCCAUCUGCCCCGAGACCAAUCGUGUCUUGCACUACAACAACCUCGACGACCUCAAGUACUUCCUCGACAAGUACGGUCCCCGUGUCGCCGGUUUCUUGGUCGAGCCCAUCCAGGGUGAGGCCGGUGUCGUCGUCCCCGACGACGACUACUUGACCAAGGCUUACGAGCUUUGCAAGGCCCACAACGUCCUCUUCAUCGCCGACGAGGUCCAAACCGGUGUCGCCCGUACCGGUAAGAUGCUCUGCAUUGAGCACUCCAACGUCAAGCCCGACGUUGUCAUCCUCGGCAAGGCCAUCUCCGGCGGUGCUUAUCCCGUCAGUUGCGUCCUUUCCUCCCGCGAGAUCAUGCUCAACUUCGAGCCCGGUACUCACGGUUCUACCUAUGGUGGCAACCCUCUUGGUUGCGCCGUCUCCAUCGCCGCCCUCCAAGUCGUCAAGGAGGAGGGUCUCGUUGAGCGUGCCGCCGUUCUCGGUGAAAAGUUCCGUGCCGCCCUCCGCGCCAUUGACGUCCCCUACUUGCAACUCGUCCGUGGUAAGGGUCUUUUGAACGCCGUUGUCAUCGACGAGGCUCAAACCAACGGCCGUUCCGCCUGGGACUUGUGUUUGAUCAUGCGCAGCCGCGGUAUCUUGGCCAAGCCCACUCACGGUAACAUUAUCCGUCUCACUCCCCCUCUUGUCAUCUCUGAGGAGGACUUGAUGAAGGGUGUUGAAGUCAUUAAGCAAGCUCUUAUUGACCUCCCCACCAUCGACAUGACCCCCUUCCAGGAGUCCGCUGCUCACUAAACUGUUUAACCGAACAGACAUUCUUUGGUGCAGCUGUGCGGCAAUCCUGCAUAAUUGACUCCGUUGUCGUCUCUUAAUUGGGAUUUAAUUUUUAGGAAAUACGUUGGUUAAUUUUGCGGUUGCUUUCAAAAAAAUAUAUAUAUGGAUUUUGGAGAAACAGAAACACGUAAGGUGAAGUGGGACUUGAAGUAUUAAAACGCGUUUUCAAAACUGAAAUUUGCUCGAGUAAUGAACUUGGUUAAAUGAGAGGAAGUGAACAAACAAGAAUGCCUA